AUGGCCGGCAAUGACCGUCCGCCCCCCCUCUCCCUUGCUUCUUCUUCCUUCUUUUCCCAAAUACGAGGCAAAAGAAGGUCACCUGUCAAUAUGGCAACAUCGGGAGAACCUGUCAACGUCUUACAGAUACGAGAUCUUGCUACCCCAGACCAUUUCAUCUACUACACUGCCACCCACCAUCCAGCAUCGCAUCAUCCGUCAGGUCUCGGGGAAACGCUAGGGAACCUUUGCGAUUGGUGCCCGCAGGCGUCAUGUCAACUCUGCAGAUCUGACAAGCUAUACAACAACCACGGCGUCAGCAAUGGCGAUCCCGUCUACUUUCUACCACGAAUUCUUUGGGCGAAGACGGGCUCUCGGUCCCUUCUCGUCGAAGCUCCGAAGCCUUACGGAUACACCUUUAAUUACACAUCAGCCGCAUGCGCUGGUGUGCGAUCGCCCGCGGCCAGACUGUAG